AUAUCGAAUUCUCUUUGUGUUUACUUGUAUAAAACAGCCGAACUAUGGAUUCCAUCCAUGUAAACCAGUUCCCGACAGAGAUAGAGGACUUGGAGUCCGUUUCUAAUCAGCCUGACCCCCAGACUCCACAGAAAGCCGUCAAACUGGAGGAUAUAGUAAGAGAUGUUCUGGAUACUCGCCCAGCUGUCUUAGCUGCACGUGCUGGGGGAACAAUUGGUGGUGGAAUAGACAGAGGCGACGCUUCAAGAUGGUCCCUACCUUCAACAGUGAGGAGAAAGGCCUCGGAGCAAUCUCUGCGAGUGAAGACAGGGAACAGAAGGUCAAGAUCACUUCAUGGCCACCAGCUAAUGAAGGAGCGUACUCAACAACAGCCGACAAUAGCAAGCGAUAUAAUAAUAACUGAUAUUGAAGUCGAAGGAGACACUGUGUUUCAGCGUAACGAAGACCUAAGGAAGUCUUCUGCUUUGCUGAGGCAUCGACUUGCAGAACGUCGAAAACAAACUGUUGUUUAUGAGCGUGGAGUGAGGACUAGCUGCUGGGAUGACCUGAGACACGUGAAAUGGCCUAAGAUUAAGAGUCGUCUUCAAGUCAUUGCAUCCCAAGAGCUCUGGAAAGGUCACUUGAAAGAGGUCGAGGGUCUCUUUGGGACUACAGUCGUCUCUUACUUUGUUUUCCUCCGUUGGAUAUUCAUAAUGAAUGUCCUCAUCUUCCUCCUUUGGUUUGGCAUGAUCUGUAUACCACAGUUUGUCUAUCAAGGUAGCAACAGCGUCAAUCAAGUCUCUAACAUCACAUGCGUACUGGAACAACCCCUCACUGAUAUGAGGUGCUCCAAUGAGUCCUUGAAUCGAACCACUGCUACUGUUUUUUCUGCUCCUGUUAACUGUCUAUUGAUGCAAGAAAGCGAUGGUGACAUGAUGCUGGGGAUCAUUAGGAUCAGGGAAUGCAAUGUUGGGAAUGGCAUUGCUACGGGCGAAGGAGGAAACGAGCUAGUUGUCUCCCCCGAACUAAUUGAUAGCUCUUGUGAAGUUAUUGAUAGAAACGCUGGCAAUAAUAUCACGUCUUAUUCAGUCUGCAUUGGCGUUAAGGCCAGGGUUGAGUGGUAUCAGCACAUCCUUGAUUUUAUCUCCGGAACUGGUUUUUUCAACGAGACUAUUUUGUUUCACGGAGUGUAUAGCUCUAAAGUUGGCCGAUACGACUUGUCUCUUGCUUUUCUUUUCAUGACAGCUGUUAUAUACGUUGUUGCUGUUCUUUUAUUAGUAUACAAAAUGGGUCAUGCUUUCAAUGAGAGCUAUGUCGAGUUUGGUAGCACUAGGAAGAUCAACUUCUGCAACAAGCUCUUCACUGCUUGGGACUUUAACAUCACCGAUCCAAAGACAGCCAAAUUGAGACAGGCUCAUAUUCGGACCGAAUUCCAUGAAGAGCUUUUGGAUUUACAAGCUAGAGAGGUGAAGAGAAGCAACAAGAAGCUUGCCCUUGUUAUUGUUAUUCGAUUUUGGACUAAUUUUUUUGUCCUUAUGACCUUGGUUGGUGCAGGAUUUGCCAUUUACUUUUCAGCUGCAUAUGAGCUUCAGAUUUUGCAAGCUGGAGUUGAAAUACCACUGAUUGGUGAAUACCUCUCUGCCAUUGUCAUAAGUAUACUCAAUGCCAUUCUUCCACUUGUAUUCCAACUUGUUGCUAAGUUGGAGCAAUACAAGACCAGCACUGGUGCUGUUAGGAUUACACUGAUAAGGACUGUAAUGGUGAGACUGUCUUCACUCAUUGUAUUGCUUGGUUCCUUGUUUCUGGUGAUAACGGAAUGCAUUCAACCAGUUGUGGAGACUGGAGAUCAGUGUACCAUCAGCUCAAUUGCCAACACAUUCACCAACACUUCACUUAACAUUACUCAGACCUGCCCUCAAUGUUGGGAGACAUUUAUUGGCCAGCAGUUCUACAAAUUGGGAGUGACUAAUCUCUUUGUCUCUAUCAUCUCAACAAUCCUCGUUGAGAGUGGAAGGCAUUUCUCUUCUCAUGUCAUUGUUCACCUCAAAUGGAAGAAUCUUGGAGAGAAGUUCAGCCGUUUUGUGACCAAAGGAAACUUCAACAUACCAAAGAGCAUAUUGGAUCUGAUUUACACUCAGUCGCUUCUCUGGCUGGGAUUCCUAUUUGCUCCUCUGCUUCCAUUCAUUGUCCUCAUAACAUCAAUACUUCUCUUCUAUGUGAAGAAGUAUAGCUUGAUAUGGAACCUUGAGCCAGACAAGAAAGGAUUUCAAAGAUCAGCCAGGACUAAUUUUAUCUUCCUCUUCCUCAUGCUGCUUGCUCUCUUUGCUUCUGUUGUACCUGUUAUGUACGCUGCUAUCCAAUUGAGGCCCAGUGAAUCUUGUGGCCCUUUCAGAGGGCAAGAGACUAUGUAUCAGUCUCUCACUAAUCUUAUUGAUGGCGGCACGUGUACUGCUAGGAUUGUUGUGGAUUUCUUCACCUCUUCAGCUUUCAUUGUCCCACUCAUCAUCAUACUAGUUCUCUCGUGUUAUGCCCUUUAUGUUAUUCUAAAGGCCAGAGAGGCUAGGUUCCUUCUCAUUAAGAAGCAGCUCAUUUUGGAAGGAGCGAAUGUUACUCACAUUGUUGGCAAUCUUAAUGAUGCACUCCAAGAGUUGGCCGAGACUAGGGAUACAACUGAACAGAAGUUGCCUCUCUCUGAAGUGAUAAAGCGUCGCUCUCAUCUCCUCAGUAAGGCUAGCAGUGAAGCCCCAGAGAUGCCCCUAUCACCACACACUCCUGAUCCAAUCUCCCCAGCCACCAUUGAUACUGCUCUGUGAAGCAAGUUAUGAAAGAUUUUAAACUUAAUGAUUUUAAUGACAUUAUUCAUUUCAGAAAUAAAAUUAUUAUAAGAAAUAGACAGAAAUAAUUAUACUUAAUAUAUUUUUUGAAAUAAUAAUAAUUUAUUAGUUUUGUUAUAGUGAGUAUUAUGUAUGUAGAUUAUUAAUUAAUUAUUCAUUGUUCUUUUGUUCCUAGCCAAUCCUCCAA